AGUGAAAUUUCAGCGGAAACUUAGGUAAAUGUAGCAUUGGCCGACCUUAAUUAUUGGUAGUAACUCAAAUAUACAAAAUAUAUACACUAAUAUGUAUAUUUAAGUUUAAAUAUACAAAACCUAUAUACUUGCAGACUAUUUUGUAAACUAGAUCACCCAAAAGUAUUAGGCUAUAAUAUUCCUAAUUUCAACAAUUUGUUUCAACCUGCAACCUGCCCUCUCCCACCUUAAAUUUUUAAAAAUAAUUGUUAGAACCCCUAUGCAAACUAUUGAGAUUUGGAAGCAAGUUAUAAGCUUUCUACUAUGCGAGCAUAGUUUUAUAUUUUUAUUUUUUCUGUAUAUGGAUGUACAUUCUAUAAAUAGCCCUUAUUGACAAGUCGGCAAUUCUUAUUGACACAUUUCACCAAACUCUAAUAAUUUCUUGCCUGCAUGAAAUUUCUUAGAGACGGUGGUUGAGAAACUUUAGUGUGUGUUUGGUCCAUCAAACAAUGACAACACAAGCAACACUAGAAAACACGAAAUAAAUCCAAUUAAUUAUCUUCCCUUAAUUAGCUAAAGUACAAGAAUUUUUAGUUAGUCAUGCUAUAUAUAACUCCUUGUUGAAGUCACCAAAAGCCCCAGCAUUGAAGCUUUAAACUUUCACGUUUUCUUGAUCAUAUCACUAAUUAAAAUGAGUCUUUUACAUUCUCUUAUUGCUCUUUUGCUAAUUUUCUUCAUGUUGGAAGCUCCCACUCAAGCUCAAGGGAAGAAUUUAGUUUCUGCCAUUUUGAUCUUUGGAGACUCAACAGCUGAUCCUGGAAAUAAUAACUACAUAACAACUCCUUUCAAGAGUAAUUUUUCACCCUAUGGGAAGGAUUUUCUCAACCGUGUUCCAACUGGGAGGUUUACUAAUGGGAUGCUUGCUACUGAUUUCGUUGCUAGGUAUGUUGGUGUGAAAGAUUAUGUGCCUGCAUAUUUGGAUCCAAGUUUAAGUAUUGAAGAGCUCAAGACUGGAGUUAGUUUUGCUUCUGCUGGGACUGGAUAUGAUCCCCUCACACCAAAAAUCAGUAGUGUGAUCUCAUUAUCGAAGCAGCUAGAAUAUUUCAAGGAAUAUCAAGGAAAAAUAGAGGCAACUAUUGGAAAAGAGCAAAUGAAUAAUUUGAUAAAGGAAGCAUUGGUCUUGGUUAGUGCAGGCACAAAUGACUUUGUUGUUAAUUACAACACAUUUCCAGUUCGUCGUAAAAACUACACCAUCUCAGCCUACACAGAUUUCUUGUUACAACAUGUGGAGCAAUUCCUACAGGAAUUGUUGGAUCAAGGGGCUAGGAAAAUUGGUGUGGUAGGUCUACCACCAAUGGGUUGUUUACCAGUUGUCAUCACUCUUCACUCUGAUGAUGCAUUUUCAAAGAGAGGUUGUGCUGAUUUUUUCUCUUCCAUUGCUAGAGACUACAAUUCCAAGCUCCAAAACCACCUAAAUACCAUGCAAACUAGGUUUGCAAACUUGGGUUCUCGAAUUGCUUAUAUGGAUAUCUAUGGACCAUUGAUGGACACGAUUCUUGGCCACAAAUAUGAUAUUGAAAAGGCUAACCGUGGCUGUUGUGGUACGGGCUUAUUGGAAACUACAUUUUUGUGCAACCCAUAUUCAUAUGUUUGCCAAGAUGCAUCAAAGUAUGUGUUUUGGGAUUCAAUACAUCCAACUGAGAAGACAUAUUAUCUUAUUUCUCAAGCACUUCAGCCAACUAUUGAUUCCAUCACCAAGUAUUAGUACCAUAUUAUAUCAAGGCAGCGGUUGAUUAUGAGUUCACUUGAACUUAAUAGUUUUUUCCCAUAUUUCUUGUAUAUUUAUUGAGAUAUCUAUUUAAUAUUUAUAAACUCAAUUAUUUAUUGUAUGUUAACUUGAGGUCGUUAUAAAAAUUAUCCAUUAACUUCAAAUAUA